AUGGAUGCCAAGUCAUCCAAACCCUACAAAAACUGUCGGGAAUUAGGAAUGGACCGGACCGGGGCGGCGCGGCCCCGCGGUGCCCCCCCGCUCCAGCCGCCCCGCACCACCCGACAGCGAGUGGCCUUCGUCCUCAGCGCCUACCGGGAACAACUUCUACGAGCUCUAGAUUUCCGGAACAAGUUUUCCCCGCGCCCGUACUUGCCUUCCCGUGUUAUACCUCCAGAAAGAAAAAAGGGAAGACUUUGUGAAAUAGAAUGGUGUUUUCCGAGAGGCUGUCAGGAUCAGAACCCCAUUGUUUCCCCAUUGAAGUGCCUAUUGGAGUUCUUAUGCAAAGUCAGCCAGUCAUCUGCAGGAUCCUUAAGCUCCUCUCAAAAGAACAGCUGUCAAACCGGAGAUCAGUAUGGAAAAUUAAGUAGAAGUCCUGUUGCAGAAAUGUCAUCAAAAGAAAUCAGAAUAGAGAAUAAGAAGAAUGAACAUGGUUGUGCUGAAGCUAAAUACAGAGAACCAACAAAACCGAAGGACCCAAAGGACAGAGAUGGAGGCCCUUUGUUCUACACAAAUUGUUCUUCUGAAUACACAUGGGUCACCCAGCGUUGGUCUGUUUCCUCCUACCCAGACGAAUGGAAAUACCCUUUGUCGUUGGCACUAAUGUGGACUUUCUGUGACUUCUUUGAGAAUGAAGAUACUGAGAAGUAUUCAUGCCCCCAGCUAAUUAAAAUUGUAUGGUGCCAGGGUGUUUUUUAUAGAUUUAUCCAUGGUCAGACAAACAUCACAGAAAUUUAUCCUGGAGAUGACACAUUUUUCAAGUCAGAGGGAGCAUUUUUGGGGAACUAUUUCAUGCAUUAUGCAAUCCAAAAAGGAUCAAAAAAGAAGGAAGAAAAGAUGUAUUCGGUGAACAGCCUACCUCCUGAUGUGCCAGGAAAUCCAUACUCUGUAUCCUCCAUUAUUAUUCAGGCAACCAAAAUACUUCAGUACUGUUACAAGACUAAACUAUCAUUAACUCAUAACUACCAACUCUGCUGUUGGAAAAUGGUACCUGAGACAGAUGGACGAGAAAUGUUGCCAGUUGUGCUGCAUGAAAAGGUUAUUCCCAGCCAAGGGAGACUCGUUGUGUACUCGGAUCAUAAAAUCCUUGCUGUUUUUUGGGAUGGGACAACCUUGAAUAUGGUCUGGGAUUUCAACUCUUCCUGCAGUGAGAUCCAGGUAAAUGAAGGUGUAGGUUGGUGUAAGUUAACUACUCCUGAUGGUGUACAGCAGCUAAUACAACUAAGUCAUCCUGGAAUCUAUGAGAGGUACAUCAGAACAGCAAUAGAAUGGUGCAGAAGUUUGAAUGAAAGGAAGGCGAUUACUGAAUAUUCUGCACACUCCGUAACUGAAGAGAAAUGGUCUGCUGAUACUGAGCUCAAAAAAAUACAGAGAUUUAACUGUAUCCUUUUUAAAGCUUCUUCCUCCAUCCUCCAGCCCCAGUAA